AUGACGAAAGGGCUAACGUUUGUUUGCUUUGUCUCUGCCUGGCUCAUCCUCUGUGUUGUAUUCCAGAACUGCUCUGGCCAAGUAAGCGCGGGAGGUAAAAAUGAAAUUUCGCACACGAGUGAAAAAAAUGAGCAGGUUCACCAACGGGGGAAUAGGAAGAUACAUAAAUACAACUUUGGGUCUUUGAAAAAAAAACUGCACAUAGAAAGUAAAAAUAAUGGAAUGGACAAAGUGGGAGCCCAGUCAAGUGACCAAAGGCAUGAUAAUCAAAUUGAGGGAGGGAUAGAAAUUUCCACCGGGAAAACGAAUGAGGGGAAGGAAAAGCUGUCCCCUGAGGAUGAAUAUACUAAGUGCAUCGAUAUGAUCGAGAAGCAGUUUAAAGACCAGGCGGAUGAAAAAAUUAGGGAGGAGUUGGAAAACCUGUGUUCAAAAAAGAGGGAACAGGAUGAAGCGGAAAAAGCGGCCGCCCAGGAAGUCCAAACCAAAUGGAAACUGAACGAAGAGGUGAAACGAAAGAUGCACACACAUGGUGGCGACACGGAAAACGACAACAAGAGGUACAUAAUUUCACAGCUUGGUCUCUCCACGAAACUGGAUGUACCAUUGGAAGUUUUGAAGGAAUCCCUAUGGGAGGUGAAAAACUGCGUAAGGGAUUACACACAAAAAUGCCCACUGAACUGGAAAGUAAAUGAGACGAAUGAAACUUUUUGUGUCGCCCCAGAGUCAUACAUAGGUACAUGCGGAAAACAAAUAAAAAACAACCUAGAUGUGGAUGGAAAAAUGCAAAUGGAAAAAAAAUGCUCCAUAUUUUGGAAAUGCGAUUAUAAAUGUAUCCAAGACUUUGAGGGUUCCGUGUGUCCCAUAGAUUGGGUUAUGGAAAAGGAAGAACAGUAUGGCUACUGCAAAUCGCCCGAUGAAUACACAGGAAAAUGCAUACGGAAAAUAAAAUUUAGUAAUAUGUCCAGUAAGGAGAAGGCUAUUUAUUCUAACCUGUGUGAUGUCAGAUGGCCAUGUAAAAAAAAAUGCACUCAUGAUUAUUCCGUUUUGUGUCCAAUUGGAUGGAUCGAAGGGGCAGAUGGAUAUUGCCUUGCCACAAGUAGCUACUCCGGAAAUUGCCAAAAAAAAAUGUUCCUAAAACACCUUGAUCAAGUGAUGAAGCAGACGUAUGAACACAAGUGCCAAUUCAAUUAUCCAUGUAUGCACUCCUGCGAAAAGAAUUACAAUUAUCUCUGUCCCAAUUUGUGGAUCCCUGUGGGCGACAAGGAAUGCACUCCCUCCGAAAACUACAACGGCAGGUGCAAACAUAAUUAUAUUUUCAAAGGCAACAUUAUGGAGGAGGAAAAAAAAAACUUCGAAAAAAUGUGCCAAGUGUCUUACCCUUGUGUUAAGGAUUGUAAAAGAGAUUACUCUUUUAACUGCCCCAUUGGAUGGAAAGAAACGCUGAGCUUUUGUCUGGCUCCCACGUCUUACCGAUACGGUUGUGAAAAGAUGAUGCGGAAAAAUAUCAGCGAGGAGGAAAAAAUCCAAAUUAGUGCCAAGUGCCUGGUCUUUUGGCCCUGCUCCAACUACGAAGUUCUCCUGAAGAACCUCCUGCACAGCAACAUUUCCCCGGCUGACUAUUUGUCCGUGGCCAAUGGGCCCGUCAACGAGGCCACCGGGGCGGUUGUUCGGUUGAUCAAUUGA